UAACAAGCAUAGGACCCGGACACUUUGAGAAAGUUAAAAAGUAUAUUGAGCAAAAUUCAACAGACAGCCUAAACCGAAUGACAGGAAUGGGAAGAGUUAAGUUACUUAUGGUGAAUAAGAUAUGACUGUAAAUAGGAGUCGGGGAAGAGAUGGUCCCAAAACAAAACGUUACAUCGCAGAUGAGAGAGAGAGAGACAGAGAGGGCGCGCAUGGACGCGCGCGCUCCCGGUGCGGCACUCGGCGCGCUCAGCAGCUCGUGCCUCCUCCAUCCCAACCCUCUCCGCCAACACCACCGACGCCAACGCCGUCUCUCCAAUCUCUGCCCUCUCCCUCCCCGCUCGCGUCUCUUAAAGCUCAUUUCCGUGACGAUCUGAAGCUUUUUUUCUCCGGCACCAUGAGAGACGCCAGUAGCGCAGCAGCGGGACGAACCGAACCGAGCCGCUCCUACCGGACCUGAGCUCUCUCCCGCUUCGGCACGGAAGCAAACCUAUAUAACAAAAGGGAUUUAAUUCAUAUAAAUUCUUCUUCAUCUCUCUCUUCUUGAUCUUUUUGAGAGAGCGAGAGAGGGAGCACACAGGAGACGGAGAGGGAAAGAUCCAACAGUCUUUAAACUGAUCUUAUUUCGGAUGAUCUGGUGAAGUAAGCCAGCGAUCGGAGGCAGCCAGGGACCACCCGUCUCCAAACCCGCUGGAGAUGUAAAGUUGGACAUCACUUAAACCGAUGCUGUGAAGUGGCUCAACUUCAUAAGGACUCGUCGGAAGGAUGCUGUGGUUUACCCUGCUAAGCACAAUAGCUUUAGGAUGGACUACGCCGAUCCCUCUGUUGGACGAGUCGGAAGAAAUAGACGAGCCUUGUUUUGACCCUUGCUACUGUGAAGUCAAGGAGGGGUUUUUCCACGUCCACUGCGACAGCAAAGGAUUUACAAACGUCAGCCAGAUCUCUCAGACGUGGACGAGGCCCUUCAAACUCAAUCUACAGAGGAACUCUAUGCGCAAACUGUAUUUUAACAGCUUUUUGCACCUCAACAAUGCCGUCGCUCUCAAUCUGGGGAACAACGCGCUGCAGGACAUACAUGUGGGCGCGUUCAACGGGCUGAGCAGUUUGAAAAAGCUCUUUCUGCACGAAAACAAACUAGAGGUGUUCCGAAAUGACACCUUUAUGGGGCUGGAAAGCCUCGAGUAUCUUCAGGCGGAUUACAAUGUCAUCAAGAGGAUAGAGAGCGGGGCGUUUCGGAACCUGCACAAACUCAGAGUGCUUAUUUUGAACGACAAUUUGAUACCCGUGCUACCCAAUUUAUUAUUCAGGUCCGUGUCGCUGACGCAUCUUGACUUACGCGGCAACCGCUUAAAAAUCCUGCCCUAUAAAGGGACCUUGGAAUACAUCGGACGCAGCUUGAUGGAAAUUCAGCUGGAGGAGAAUCCAUGGAACUGUGUGUGCGAUAUAGUCCAGCUUAAAACGUGGCUGGAGCGCAUUCCUUACACUGCGCUGGUUGGCGACAUUACGUGCGAAUACCCCUUUCAUUUGCACGGCAAGGACCUUCGGGAGAUCAAGAGGAGCGAACUUUGUCCGUUGCUUUCCGAAGCCGAGCUGGAGGCCAAGCAUGGCAUUCCCAGAAUACCGUUUAAUAACGAAAACGUCUGGCCCACCAAGCCUUCGUCGAUGCUGUCAUCUUUUCAUAACACAGCCUCCUCGGUGGAGUACAGAGAGAGGCACGUAAAACCAACCAAGCGGCCCAGACCCACAAAAACAUCCCCCACGUCCCGUAGCAUCUACCCAGGGCUGAAUCAGCCCCCAAUCGCAGCCUAUCAAACCAGACCCCCUAUACCAAUCAUUUGCCCGACGGGAUGCACGUGCAAUUUACAUAUCAAUGACUUGGGCCUCACCGUCAUUUGUAAAGAGAAAGGCUUUCACAACAUUUCCGAGCUGCUGCCACGGCCACUCAACGCCAAGAAGCUCUAUUUAAGUGGGAAUUUGAUUCAGAAAAUUUACAGGUCGGAUUUUUGGAACUUCUCGAGUUUGGAUUUAUUGCACUUGGGUAACAAUCGCAUAUCGUACGUUCAAGAGGGCGCCUUCAUGAAUCUGCCGAACUUGAAAAGUUUAUACUUGAAUGGCAACGACAUCGAGAGGCUCACCCCAGGCAUGUUUCGCGGUCUGCAAUCGCUCAGUUACCUGUAUUUCGAGUACAACGUCAUUCGAGAGAUCCACCCGGCCGCGUUCAGUCUCAUGCCAAACCUGCAGCUGGUUUUCCUCAAUGACAACCUGCUGCGCACCCUGCCCGUGGACGCGUUCGCCGGCACCUCCCUCGCCAGGCUCAACCUGCGCAACAACUACUUCCUGUACCUGCCCAUUAACGGCGUGCUAGAGCACCUCCACUCCAUCGUUCAGAUCGACCUGCACCAGAACCCUUGGGACUGCUCUUGCGACAUCAUCCCGCUCAAGCAGUGGAUCGAGAAACUCAGCUCCGUCAUCGUCGUGGGAGAGGUCAUCUGCAAGACUCCCGAUUUCGCGCUCGGCAAGGAUCUGCGCACGCUCGAGGACGAGGUUAUCUGUCCCGAGCUGAAAUUCACGGCGUCUUCUCCUGUGCUACCCAAAGACAUAACGGCGACCAGCGGCUCUGAGUUGGGAUACGCGCCGGCGACGGGAGCUGUCCCUCUCUCGGUGCUGAUUCUAAGCCUGCUGGUCCUCAUCAUCUCAACCGUGUUCGUGGCCGCCGGUCUCUUCGCGUUCGUGCUGCAAAGGAGAAAGAAACUUCCCUUUAGGAAGCGACAGGAGGUGGACCUUACGGGCAUCCAGAUGCAGUGCAAGAUAUUCGAGGAGCGACAGAGCGCCUCGCCCGAGAAAGCGCCCGGUCACGUCUACGACUACAUCCCCCAUCCCGUCACGCAGAUGUGUAACAACCCCAUUUACAAACCGCGCGAGGGGGAGGUCGAGGGCGAACAGUUCGCAGAAACCAAGGAAAAUAACAGCAACUAUCGAACUCUUCUGGAGAAAGAGAAGGAAUGGACGAUGGCCGUGUCCAACUCCCAGCUCAACACCAUCGUCACCGUCAAUCAGGCCGGUGACAUGGCGAGCUUUCACGAGAACGGAGUGCUCUGCCCCACCGUGAUCGACAGCCAGAGACCGACACCGACGGUUGGUUUUGUAGACUGCCUUUACGGCACCGUUCCCAAAUUAAAGGACAUGCACGUUGCGCACGCACACCCCCCCGGAAUGCAAUACCCCGAUUUACAGCAAGACGCCAGAUUAAAAGAAACGUUACUUUUCACCACGGGGAAAGGAUUCCCCGAGCAAACCCAAAGCGAGUACCUCGAGUUAAGGGCCAAACUCCAAACCAAGCCGGAUUACCUCGAAGUCUUGGAGAAAUCGUAUAGAUUUUAAUUGAAUUGGAAGUCACUUUCACCCCCCCCAACAUGCCCAAAAAUAAUGCGUAUCAAAAAAGAAGCAUGGCAAAAUAUAUGUAUCACACACACACAUUGAUACAAACACACGCACACACACACACAUUUCCCCCAAUUCGCUUUGGAGGAAAGGCCAUAACUCAGAUUUUUCAACGAAGUGCCUUUUUCAGAGUAGCCAGCAAUGUUACCACCCAUUAUUUUUGUACGGAUUUGUUGUGGAGCGUAACUAUCAAAAGAUUAUUCAAAGAAGCCUUCGUGCGCCUGGGUUCGAGCCUGGCACCGUUUGUAGAUUAUUUGCAGUCUGCUGCAUGCAUCCAAACUGCAGAGGAGGGUAUUGAUCAAGAACUCCACCUGCUAUAGAGAUACAGCGUCCUAUUUACCCCCCUCAGUGGUCUAUUUAAUUUUAUAACGAAAGACAACAGAGUUAUAUCUCAAGGACGCACACGAGGAUCAAUAUUUGUGAAUAUAUAGUGACACUUGAAGAUUUUAUGGAGUUCGACGCACUUUCUUAAGAAAAAUGCUUCUGGAUAUACGAUCACUAACGGCUUUUUAAGAAGCACUUUUAAUGUUUUCUCUCUCACACACUAAGAUUUGACAAAGUUAAAAAUGUGCAUAUAUUUAUUCUGUAAUUUCAGUGAAAGAAUUAAUUGUAAAGGUAAUGUUAAAUCAAUGUAUAGUGAUUAUGCGUCUGGUAUAGACUUCUUAAUAAAAAUACAAAGUCUUAAAUCCAAUAAAAAGGGUACCAAUGCAUAUACUGUUUGUGAGAAGUACACUUCACGUGUUGGCAUGGCGCUUUGGUGACCGUUUUUGCUCAUCAAAACGAAUGCUAACAUGCACAUUAACCUGUCAAGGUGUAACUGCUGCUAUCAGAAUGAGACAGUCUGAUGUCCCUGCCUAAAUAAGAGAUUGAACAAGAAAAGGAGUUCUUGGAUUAGAUAUGGGUCAUUCUGUAAAGUAUGUUAUUCUACCUGCCAUUAUCUGUCGACUGCAUUACACAACCUUUGAGAUGAUUUUAUGCAGUGUCACUUUUACAAGUGUCCACAAGAGGGAGAAAGAGAGACACCCAGUGAUUAUAUAAGACUAAAGCCUCUAAAAACUCGUUUUGUCAGGUAUGUUAUACAACUUUGUGACAGUUAUGGCUUUUCUAUAAAAGUUCUGCUUGUGUGUGUGUGGUGGGAAUGGAUUUUAUUUUUGGUUGGCGAUUUACUCUACUAUAGAAAUAAUUGAUUUAUUUGAGCAGAAGGUCUUUAUGGAUUUUCUGACCAAAAUAUUCACAAAUGUUUGUCUGUUUGAAGCAGUUGUCGUGUAUGUCAAGUUGGUUUGGCUUCUUCUGUGUGCUGUCACUGUUUUAGGAGAAAGUAUCACUUCUGGAUUGCGUGGUGUUCUUUAACGUUGUCUGGAAUCUUCUAUAUAAGAACAGCUCAGGGGACGUAACAGUUAUAGUGACAAUGACACCUUGCUGUGGAUUACACCCGUGUCGUCCUUUUCUCAAUCUUUUAGUGUAAUGUUCUCUCUUUACUUCUUUUGCUAAAAGGUAGAGACGCUUAUGAUGUAUGAUGUCACUCUCAACAGAGAGAGUAGAUAUCACAAAAUGAAUGAUGGUCCAAGAGAUGACCUGGGUGGAAUAUGUAAUCAUAAAUGACCUGAUAUUUUAAUGGAAUUAUUAUUAGAAUUGUUUAAAUUACUGUUGCCGUUCUUUUUAGGGUGAAAAACAAUUCAAGAUCAAAUUGCAAUGUCAAACUUAUUUAUCAUACUCUUUCAAUCAGUAGGAAUGUUUUAGUGACUUCAGUACUCCAAAGAACAUGUGAUGAUUCUAAUUGUAUUUCAGAAUCAGACCAUAUUUGCUUACAUUGUCCUUGACUUGAAUACUGCUGUAGUUUACUGCUAUGUUUAUUUUUCUCAAUGCCCUGAUACUGACCGCUAUUGUGUGUAAUUAUUCCUUUAUUGGUAUUGUAGUUUUUUUCUUGCAUAUCUCUAACAGUACUUUUCCCCAAGGUUAUUCUUGACAAGUUGGGGUUAUGCUUUCUAAAUGAUCAGUUGUCUGGUUGGGGUAAUCGAUACGAAUGUCAACUAACUCAUUUGUAGUAUUGAGUGAUUUCAUAAAUCUGUAUUUUUUUGUGGCCCGGUCCCAUUGACCUGCACCUUCUGUAAAGUCUUGGUUAAUUGUUGUGAUUUUUAUAAUAACUUUAUAUCGCGCUUUACAUAAGCAAGAGAAAAUAAAAUAAAAGUAAUAGAAAUUCACAAUUAUAAUAAAAUUCAAGGAAAAUAACAACAAGAUAGAAACAAACAAAGAACAGAUAAGAAUAUAAACAGACUAUAAAUUAUUAUAUAAAAAUGAAAAAAGUUAUUAUAAAAAUGAUACUAAACAAAUAAUACAAAGCAAAACUAAAUAAAAAACUAUAUACGCACAUAAAUCACAAAAAAUCUAAAAGUACGUUUUAAAAAAAGAUUUAAAAAUAGUAAGAGAUGCUGCAUUUCAAAUCUCGAGGGGUGGGGAAUUCCAUAAUUUUGGAGCCAGAGAGGAAAAAGCCCUGUCGCCCAUGGAUUUUAAUCAAAUUGCCGGAACAGUUAAUAGACCAGCUUCGGUAGAACGGAGGUUUCAUGCUGGAGUGUAGGGUACUAAGAGCUCUGUCAGAUAUUGUGGCUCCAAAUCAUUUAAGGCCUUGUUUUUGUUGUGAUGUAGUCUGGGAGAUGGAGCGCUCAAUCUACAUUUUACUGUUUCUCAUCUCAUUCUCAUCUCGUUAUGGGCAUUCAAAAUUGCCAUAAUAAAAAAAAAUGCAUUAUUAACUUAUUGAAUAAGUUAGCCAAGUAUCAAACCAAAUAGCAUUUCCUUUUUCAACGUCUCAGAACUAACAUUUCUAAGCUGAUUUUGCAAUUAGACUACUUUUAGCUAUCCGCAAGGUGACUUUUAAUGGAUGAAGUUUGUUCCCCUCAAGUCCUAGCAGAGAAACCACAGGUGCAGUUCAACACAUUAACCAUGGACAUGACUUUUAAAAACCAAAUUAUGUCCAUUUGUCUUAAAUAUAUUAUUUAAAACUUAUUUUAAACUACUACUUUAAAAUAAGGGCCCUUGGUUUGGUUUUUUUGGUUAUCUAAUGCAAUGACAUGUAAGUGUGGCUUCUGUUUCCAAUCAUUUGUGGGGUCAUUGUAUGCAUUUGUGUUUGCCUGUUUGAGUUACAUGUGUACUUUUCAUUGUUGUGGUUAGUGUUUGAAGAGGACUGGAGAAUAGAGAAUGUCCAAUGACUUGUGGUGGUGCUGAAUGUCUCUGUCCAUGGUGCUGAAACCACAUUGUGUGCAUAUAGAAUAGAGAUGGACUCCAUAUCUGUGCUUAUCUUUAUCACUAUACUGUUUACAUCUGAAGACUGCAGGGCUGGAAUUUGUCACUCUGCAAAAUUGCUGUCCAAAGUAAGACUUACAUUUUGUAUGAAUUGUAUUAAUCUUUCUUAGUGCAUGUUUCAGGUUGGAUUUUAUGCAGCGUAUACCGAAUAUAAAGGCUUUUGUUUGUUUAUUAAUAAUUGAUGUAUUCAACAUCGUAUUGUUUCUGUGUAGUGCUGCAGUAAGUCAGAACAGAUACACAUCCAAGCUCACAUGCUGCUGGGCACAUGUCAUGUUUCUAUCUCUGUGUAUGUGUGUUAAGUAGAGAGAGAGAGAGAUGUAUGAAAGCUUUAGAGAUUGAUCGAAAAGAAUUUGCAAGAGCAGGCAGAGAACUCAACUGAAUGUGUUUGUGAAAAAAACUUUUAUUGAAUUUUGUUUGCAAUAGCAAGUAUUGUGUGUUAGACAGCAUUGCGCUCUAGCAGAUGUUUAGGUGUGAGCACACAGCCGUUUUCUGUCUCAUCGUUGUCUCUUGGUCUUCUUUGCCAUGCAUUUGUGUAGAACAUAGAAUGAAAGCAGAUAGAUAAAUGGAGAGAACUGAGGGUUGGGGGAAAGUCAUUUGCUGUAUAGCAAUUUAAAAACAUCCACUUAUGCUUUACUGGAAUCUGCUGUCAUUUUUUUAAAUAAUUUUUUUAAAGCAAUCACAGCAUUGAGACAAAGUGUCUGAGAUCAGAAACAUGGAUGGGUGGAUACACAGUCUAUAUAUAAAGAGAGAAAGCCAAGCCAGAGAUGAUCAUCAACAAACUUAAUAAGCACAUUGUACCACCAGCACCGAACGAAUGAAGAGAGGAAUCAAGAUUCAGAGGGAGAGAGAGCAGCACUCAGCGCAGAUAGAAAGCAAACCCUGGUGAUGUACGUGCUGACCCCGCAAGCCGAGCGCUGUGCUCAUUUGUGGUGAAUAUUUCUGGAAAUGUUCUGAUGGCAUUAGCAGGUUCUGUAAUGUUUUCAGUGAGGUUUGUGUGAAUGCUGAAAGGAUGUUGCUGCGUGUACUGUAUUAUAGAAGGCAGUUAACUUCUCGUGGCUCUUCGAGCUAUUAGAAUGCACAUCGCAAUGGUAGAGACACAGCUGAGUGUAUCGAUCGAAGCCGGCAGUGCCUGCCACCGCUCGAUAGAAAUAUCUAUGCAAGUUCUUGAUUGUGACUCUACUGGUGUGUGUGUGUGCGAAGUAAGUGCUUGUGGGGGAUGGGGAAUACUUGAGCAUGGGCAUUUCAAGGCAUAGAAGCAUCAGUGAUGUUGUGUUUGCUGUCAUUUGCUGGUGUGGCACUGUCUUCAUUUAUAAAGUUACCAUGCCCUUAAUGCACAAAAAAUGGAAACGCAAGUAGAAGGUCAGUUUUAUGUACAGUAGUUUGCAGUUAUAAACAUAUAAACCUGUUUUUUUGGACUUCAAAUUUUAGAAAUUUCUAAAAUAAAAAUUAGGGAGAAAUACAUGUAUUGUGCUGAAACAAUGUCACACUGCAAACAGUUUUAAUGUGCUUCUUUGGUAAAUGUAAUAUUUUUCUCUUGAUCUGGAGGUACCUUUGGGUUUUGGUCCAAACCAACAUUGAAUAUAUACUGUAUCAUGAGAUCCAACCUGUUUGGAAAUGUCACUGGACCUCACUGGAUGUAAAGGCUCAUUACAUGAUCAAAUUACAUUGUUUCUUUACAUCUAAUUCUCUGUGCGUGUUUUUGUGACUGUUAAGGGAUAAAAAACAUCAUAAGCCAGAUAUAAAAUCAAUGGAAGUCUAUUAAGUGACCUCACUAAUAUAGUGAUAAAAGUUGUAUGGGACAACAAAGCAGACAUGGUUUUUGGGGAAACUUCCUUUGUCCUCAUUAACCAAAUCUAAAUGGUGAAUUUUUAGAAUAUCAGUCCCUGCAGGAGUUUGCGAUUGCAGAAUUAUCAAACAAACUCAGCUAAAUCUGUGGCAAAGUUUAGAGAUUGUUACAGAUUUUCCGUAUAAGAUGGCCAAAGACGCGCCAUGUGACAUCAUCAAAUCGCGCAUUCCGUCAAAACCUCCAAAAGUCAAGCAGACAUACUCUUACUAUAGGGAGAUAGAAGGGUCUGUAACACUUACAAUUGGAGAAAGCGUAACGGUGACCAACAUCCAUUGACAUCUAUUUAAAAACUAGCCUCUGGUUUUCUUUUGUGUCAUAAACGUUGUUGUAAACUUUUGAAACGUUUAAACGAAAUGUGAUUGGUUGCUCGUCCUGUCAGUCAAAACGGCCUCUUGCCUUGGCAACUUAAAGCGGCCAAGGUUUCCAGACCAUCAGUAUGAAACUGCUGCAUGCCUUUUAAUCAUAUAGGAAUUUAAUAAAUAAUGUUUUCACAGAUGGUUGUUUUGAAGAAGAACCCUGCUUGCCAAUUCAAGUAGUAGAGGAAGAAUAUAGGGAAGAAUAUUUGAAUUAAAACAGUGGCAUCAGUUCUGGAUCAGAGGACAUCAUCCAUGUUCACUUCUAGACUUGGUUCAGUCGAUUCAUGCACAAUGAGCAAUGAUUCUCCGCUAUCUCUCUCCUUUGCCUUAUGAGCAGAACCUGCUGUUGACUGUUUAUUAAAAAGGUU